AUGGGCAAAAAGAGCAACAAGGCCGCCGCGGCCAAGAGCGAUGAUACCGCCUCUGCCCCUCCCCCUGGCCAGCUGAUGGACUUGGUAGAGUCUUUCCUCUCCGAUCACGCUUUCAAGGGUGCCCACGAUGCUUUCAAGAAGCAGAGAGAGAAGAAGGGCUGGCAGGCGACUGGCGCCGAGACCAGCGCUUCGCUCGUCAGCGUUUUCCAGACCUGGGAGGCUUCCAAGGGCGAGGCCAGCGCCAAGCCCAGCAAGUCCAACAAGAAGAAGGCUUCGGCGAAGAAGUCGAGCAGCUCGGAAGACAGCGAUUCAAGCGAUGACGGAGAGGAUGUGGAUAUGAAGGACGCCGACUCGUCCUCUGAGAGCUCAAGCAGCAGCGAGAGCGAGAGCGAAGACGAAGCCCCCAAGCCCAAGGCGACUAAGAACCUCAAGCGCAAGGCCCCCGUCGACGAUAGCUCCUCCGAGUCUUCCUCCGACUCCGAAUCCGAUUCGAGCUCUUCCGACUCUGAUUCCGACGACGAGCCGCGAGCGAAGAAGCAGAAGCGGGACCAGUCUUCUGGCUCUGAAUCCGACUCGAGCUCCAGCGAAAGCGAAAGCGACUCGGACAGCGAUUCCGACGACGAGAACGCCGAAUCCGACUCUGACUCCUCUAGUUCCAGCUCUAGCUCCAGCUCCAGCUCCAGCUCGGAUUCUGACUCGGACUCUGAUUCUGAUUCCGACUCCGACUCCGACUCCGACUCUGACGAUGAGGCUGAUGCUGAGACUGCGGCUCAGGUGCCACUACCCGACUCUGAUGGCUCGUCGUCCUCAUCCGACUCUUCAGACUCUGACUCUGAUUCAGACAACAAGAAGGGCAAAAAGGGCAAGGAGGUUAAGGACUCGUCCGACUCGUCCGUCACCCUAGACGGCAAGGAGUCUCCGGAGGCCGAGACAGACUCGACGAACCCUCCCCUGCCCCCUGACCCCGUCCUGACCAACGGGCGCAAGAAGCAGAACGAGCCCUUCUCGCGCAUCCCCAAGAACAUCAAGGUCGACCCCAAGUUCGCGUCCAACGAAUACGUCCCCAUCGCCUACUCGCAGCGCGCGCACGAGGACCUGAUCGUGACCAAGGGCAAGGGCUUCACCAAGGAGAAGAACAAGAAGAAGAGGGGAAGCUACCGCGGCGGUGCGAUUGACAUCUCGGAGAAGAAGGGCAUCUACUUUGACGAUUAA